AUGUCAGUGCCAACUGUAAGUCCUACUGUCGCGUUUGUCCCUACCACGGAUCUGUUGAGUCUGUCUAACGCUUGGCUGUGUCCCACGUCAGAGUUUUGCGAGGAUUUUGUCUCGAAAGAAGACUGUGAGUUUUUUAAAGAGCAGUACGAUGGUUGCAAUCCGGAGUCCACCUACCACAACUACGUAUCCGCAAACUGCAAGAAGUUCUGCGGCAUUUGCAGUCCAGAGGAAAAUCCAGUUUGUCUAGACACGUUGACGGACCCGGAGGAUCCAGACAAAACCCCAGAGGAGGUGUGUGGCUCGAUGGAAGAGCAGUGUGAAUCUUGGGGACCUCUCGGUAUUGUUAUGAAGGACAAAAUGAACGGAUCACCAACCACACUACCUAACGGGCUGGUCCUCCGACCGAGUACUCUGAAAGGAGAAGGAAUGGGAGUUUGGACCACGAAGACGCUCCCCGCUGGACUGAGAAUCGGACCUUUUGAAGGAAAGAUUGUUCCUGUGGAGAAGAUUGGGCAACUUGCCGACACCAGCUCUAUCUGGGAGGUACACGACAGGUUUGGGAAGGUGCUGUUUGCGGUUGACGGGAGGGAGAGUAUACACUGGAUGCGGUACGUGCGGUACGCCCGGCACGAGGGAGAGAAGAACCUGGUCGAUCAGUACGAGCGAAACGUCUACUACAAAACUGGAAAGGAAGUGGGACCCAACACUGAGUUGUUGGUAUGGUACAGCACUAGCUACGCUCAAACCCUCAAAAUACCGUCAGCUGGACAAAUCACACCUGACGACAGCGGAGUGUACACGUGCAGACAGUGCAGCAGGAGUUUCUGCUACCCCCUCUCCCUUAUAGCUCACUCCAAAUACAGCAACUGCUCACCCAACAAAACCAUGUUGUGGUGCGACGAGUGCGGCCGAGUGUUCGCCUGGCAGUUCACUCUCCGAGCGCACAUUGCACUCGAACACACGGCUCACAGACCCUACGAGUGCGCUCAGUGUGGGAUCAAGUUCACCCUUCCCUCCACGUUACAGGCUCACACUCGGAGUAAACACAGCCUGACGGAGAAGACCUACAGAUGUACUGUGUGUGGCAAAACCUUCCCUCAGAGCUCCCAGCUCCGACGACAUCUUCGGACUCACACUGGAGGUAAGCCGUACAAAUGUGAAGAAUGCGGAAAAUGUUUUGCCGACAGCACCAACCUCCGCUCUCACAACCGCAUUCACACAGGAGAACGUCCGUUCAAGUGCGAGCACUGUUCACGAAGUUUUGCGGAGGGUAGUACCCUCAAGUCCCACAUCCGUACCCACACAGGAGAAAAACCCUUCAAGUGUCAGCAUUGUGGCAAAGCGUUCGCUCAUCUCUCCUCACACCGUAAACACACCCUCACCCACGAACGACAGAAACGGAGGGAGUCAGGUUACCAUGGCAACGACGCUGCAGUCCAUGGCAACGUUGAGAAUAUUGUGGCCCAAUAUCAGCUCCCCCUGCAACAAGCUAGGAAAGUACCCAUCACUCUGAUAUUUUGAGGAACA